AGGAGUGGCGACGGAGGUGAAUGAGUACCCCUGGCAAGCGGCACUCGUUGUAAAGGGAACCAACCAGGUUUUCUGUGGUGCUUCUCUCUAUAAUGAUGGUUACGUUGUUACGGCUGCUCAUUGUGGAAGCAAUAACUGAUUAUGGGAUAGAUGUGGAGGUUCUCCUAGGGGCACAUGAACUGACCAGCUCCACCAGUGCCCAGCAGCGUAUUUCUGUAGAAAGGAUCAUUAACCAUGAAAGCUAUGACAGCAGUACACAAGAUAACGACAUCGCUGUACUAAAGCUUGCCACAAAAGCUUCUUUGAAUGAAAAUGUUAAACCCGCUUGUCUUCCCAGCGUCAGUGAAGAUUAUACCGGCUUCACCGCCACUGUUUCUGGAUGGGGAACGUUGAGUUCAGGCGGUAGUCAACCCGAUGUCUUACAAGAGGUUCAGGUUCCAGUGGUCAGUAACAGCGAGUGCCAGCAGUCGUAUGGUAACAGCAUCAGUGACAUGCUUUGUGCUGGUUACGAUGCUGGUGGGAAGGACUCUUGUCAGGGUGAUUCUGGAGUUGGCUGUAAGGAGAAUGGCAAGUGGGUGUUGGCAGGUGUGGUGUCAUGGGGCUAUGGGUGUGCUAUGCCCAACUACCCAGGAGUCUACGUUCGGGUCACUAAGUAUUUGGACUGGCUGAAGGCUAAGACGAGUGAAGGAAGCAACGACUUGUGUUUUUCUGGUCAAGGGUCAGGCUCAACCACUAAGACUCCAGCAGCAACUACCGUCCCUUCAGCUACAAGCUGCAGUAUGUAUAACGUAAUCUGUUGUUGUCUCUUUGUGAAUCGGGACAAACCGGUCUGCUGUGUCUGUACAUCAAAACAUAAACAUCAAUAUAUA